AUGCCAGACUCUGAGGACGGAAAGCCAAAAAAGUACGUCCAGGCGCCGCCAUUGAUGAUGGCCAGGGCUUCGCCUGGGCCUGGUGCGGAGAACCAGAUAGCAGCAGCAGGGCUUGUGGUGUCGUCGAUUUUGAGGUGGUGGAGGAGAGAAGAUAUGCUUAGGAAAGGCAGGUUCGCUUUGCAGGGAUUGGCUUUCCUGUUCUCAUUGCUUGCUUUCAUUAUAAUGGCCAGCAACGAGCACGGCGGCUGGAGAGAUUUUCACAAGUAUGAAGAGUACAGGAUCACCGGAAAGUACAUCAAUCGACUCUUGACUCUAGUGGGAGUUUUCCAUUCUAUUGUGGCGAAGGUCAUGGCAUACUUUCUAAUAUCGGCGGUAUCUGCAGCCAUUCCCCUGACAGAUGGGAUGAGGGACGGCGCAGACAAUGCGUUAACGGACUCAUCUGCUGCCGCCAUCACCAUGGCUUUCUUGGCCUUCUUGUCCUUGGCGUUGUCGGCAGUUAUCUCCGGAUACAGAUUGUCAACGUAA